AAGAAGAAGAGUGGCCCUUGGGUGGAUAGCGGCUGGUAGUGGUCUAGACAUGUCACCGAAUUGGCAGUAAUUUACUUCGCUACAGUAGUUGGAGUUAUUUACGGGCGCUUUGAAGUUGAAAGGAGUGACCUUUUAGAACGCCCUGCCCCAGGUGGCACUGUGAAGAGGGUUGUCCCGACACGUCAAAGAACCGGACCUUUGAUAUCUGACAACAACUGGUUGGCUAGCAUCAGCAGGCUAGCUAGGGAGCACCUGAAAAGUAGCGAGCGUUACUGUCGAGGCUUGAUUCAUACAGUCAUGUCGUCGGCUGGAGACUUCGGAAACCCCUUGCGAAAGUUUAAAUUGGUCUUUCUCGGGGAACAGAGUGUGGGAAAGACUUCGCUCAUCACUCGGUUCAUGUAUGACAGCUUCGACAACACUUAUCAAGCCACAAUAGGAAUAGAUUUCCUGUCGAAAACAAUGUACCUUGAAGACAGAACAAUCAGGUUGCAGUUGUGGGACACGGCAGGACAAGAGCGCUUCCGUAGUCUCAUCCCCAGUUACAUCAGAGACUCUGCUGCUGCUGUUGUAGUUUACGACAUCACAAAUGUCAACUCCUUCCAGCAAACUACAAAAUGGAUUGAUGACGUGAGAACGGAGAGGGGGAGCGAUGUCAUUAUCAUGUUGGUGGGAAACAAGACAGAUCUUGCAGACAAGAGGCAAGUAUCUAUUGAAGAGGGUGAGCGGAAAGCCAAAGAACUAAAUGUUAUGUUUAUUGAGACUAGUGCAAAAGCGGGAUACAACGUAAAGCAGCUUUUCCGCCGUGUGGCAGCCGCCCUGCCUGGAAUGGAUACUACACAGGACAAGAACAGAGAGGACAUGAUUGACAUUAAACUGGAGAAGCCACCGGAACAACCCGCCAGUGAAGGAGGCUGUUCCUGCUAAUGCCGGCCAACGUCAUGACUAAAUAUUUCUCACAGUUUCCCCUUCAAACCCAGUUGGCUUUUGUGUAUCUAUACCUUUCACUACAUUUGCCUCUAAACCACAGCCAGAGCAGAGAACACUACACCUGUCAUUCUUGCUAUUGUGGAAAUGUGCUUUCUCAUCAGGGUGCCCUGAAACGCAGCAGCAUAGCUAGAGCGCUGUUAUCUAUCUGUUUGAGGUGAAGAGCAAUAUGUCUAAUUACUGCACACCAAAUUGCAUGAAAACAAAUGCAUUUAAGACUUUAGAUCAAGGAGACAAGCUUGAGCACAUUGUGGAAGUCGUGUGCAUUUGUUAGCUAACAUCAUUUAUCUGGUUGUAAUUGGGCAGAUGUUUUUUCAUGCACUGUUUUGCUAGCAAAUUGAUGUUGAUUCAUCUGAAAUAAUGCGUGUGAAAUGUUGCAUAUUUGGAAGAUAUCAACGUGUGCACUGUACCCACUAGCAUAGCUGCAAUUAGGACACUGAGGUGCCAGUACCAGCAGAGUCACGUUUCCCGCAGAAUGUACCAGCAUCAGAUAAUGUAUCAGCAAACUGAAACCACAGGCAUGGCCACAAACCAGCAUAACAUGACACCUACUACAGGCGUCACUACACACACCGUCCUUGCUCUUUUCCUAUACUGAUUCGAGAUGGGUUAUUUUUUACCUUGACUUCCAUUUUUCUAUCACCUUUUUAUUUUGAUAGAUCUUUAUUUUUUCUAAAUAUUACAGCUGUUAUAGAUAAAGCUAUUUCAUUGAUCAUAGUUUUGAGGAGAAUUUCCUCAGUCAUAAUCAUAAGAACCCACCAUGAACAUAGAUGUGGAGAUAUAUGCCGUUGGACUUUAAUUGUAGAGGGCUUCCUUGGCUUUGGAUCUAUAUAUAGAGUAAAGUUUGGAAUCAUGUUUUAUGAACACUUUAAAGACGGUUUGCUUGUUUUUAUUUUUGGCAUUGAUCUUUUUGUUAGUGAUUAUUCUUCAUGUGUAUUUAAUCCACAUUGACUUAUUUAUUUCAAUUGAAUUCAUGUUUCUUUUUUAUGGCAGUUAAUAUCUUCACUUUGGGUAUGAUUCCUGAAUUGUUAUUAAAAUAUGCAUCUGACUGGAGCACCUUUAACAGAAUCAGCGUCUCCCUCUAACAGCUGUAAAUGGCAAUUUGGUCAUACUGAUAAUAUUGUGCAAUGUGUCUAAACUUAUGGAGAAUUGUCCGUUUUGUAUAGCAUAGCAGUCCUUAACGUUUCUCUUUGGAAUGGUUUUAAAUUACAAUAAAAUACACUUCUCACUGAA